UGAAUGAGUGAAUCCACUGUAAACAACGCCUCACAAAACAUCAUCCAUUUCUUCUAUACCUCUACAAUCUCAUCAUAAUCAAUGGCUGAACUGGUGCUUUCUGCCUUUCUUGGUGUGGUCUUUGAGAAGCUGACCUCUGCAGCUUUGAAAAACAUUGCAAGCUACAAGGGAAUUGAUGCUGAGAUCAAGAAAUGGAAGAGAUCGUUGACCCAGAUCCAAGGUGUGCUUGUUGAUGCUUCUCAGAAGGACAUAACCAGUACACCUGUGAAACGUUGGCUGAAUGAUCUCCAGCAUCUGGCUUAUGACAUAGAUGAUGUCCUCGAUGGUUGGCUGACCGAAGACAUGCAACGUGAGUCAACCCAUGAGUCAGAAGGCAUCACCGGCAAGGUAAGAAAGCUAAUCACCCCAACUUGUUGCACAAGUUUCUCACGGAGUAAUACUAUGCGUGCCCAGUUAGAUGAUAUUUCCACCAAACUACAAGAUCUAGUUAAGGAGAAAACUGACCUUGGUUUGAUUGUGAAAGAGGAUCAAACUAGGCCAAGAAAUAAUAAGAAUAGAAGAUUUCAAACCUCUGUUGUUGAUCCAUCUAGGAUUGUUGGACGCCAAGCUGAGAAAGAGGCAUUGCUCCAACAGUUACUCUUACCGGGGGAUGAACCAUGUGAUCAAAACUAUAGCAUUGUUCCCAUAGUUGGUAUCGGUGGGGUUGGGAAAACUACUCUAGCAAGACUUUUGUAUGGCGACAAACAAGUCAAGGUUCACUUUGAAUUAAAGGCAUGGGUUUGUGUUUCAGAUGAGUUUGAUAGCUUUGCUAUAACCAAAGUCAUCUUUCAAUCUAUGUCAGGCGAGGUAAAAAAGGAAAUUUCAGAUUUUAAUCAGCUUCAAGAAGCUCUUAGAGAUCACCUAACCGGGAAAAGAUUUUUAUUGGUGUUAGAUGAUGUGUGGAGUGAGAGACGUGAUGAUUGGGAGACCCUCGUCAGGCCAUUUUAUACAUGUGCUCGUGGAAGUAAAAUCAUCAUAACAACACGGAAGGACAAAUUACUCAAAAAUUUGGGUUACAAUCCUCUUAACAAGCAGCUGAAGAGCCUGUCAUAUGAUGAUGCUUUGUCCUUGUUUGCUGUUCAUGCAUUAGGCGUAAGAAAUUUUGAUUCACAUUCGUCACUUAAACCUCAUGGGGAAGGCAUUGUGAAAAAAUGUAAUGGGUUGCCUUUGGCAUUGAUCGCACUUGGGACAUCACUGAGGACAAAAGAAGAUGAAGAUUCAUGGAAGGAAGUAUUAGAAAGUCAGAUAUGGAAAUUACCGGUUGAAGAUGAAAUUAUCCCAGCCCUAAGACUAAGCUACCAUGAUCUUUCUGGACCUUUGAAGCAGUUGUUUGCAUACUGCUCCUUGUUUCCCAAGGAUUUUCUGUUUGACAAGGAGGAGCUGGUUAAGUUAUGGAUGGCAGAAGGGUUCUUGCACCAGCCAACUCUAAGUGAUUCAACAGAAGAACACUUGGGUCAUGAAUUCUUUGACGAGUUGUUGUCAAGGUCAUUUUUUCAACAUGCACCAAAUAAUGCAUCAUUGUUUGUGAUGCAUGACCUCAUGAAUGAUUUGGCAAUGUCUGUUUCUAUUGAGUUUUUUUUAAGGUUAGAUAAUGAGAACGAGAAGAAUAUUAGGAAGGAAAUGUUGGAAAAGUACCGACACAUGUCAUUUGUUCGUGAGGAAUAUGUAGCUUACAAGAAGUUCGAGGCAUUCGAAAGAGCCAAAAGUUUGAGGACAUUCUUGGCAACGUGUGUUGGGGAGGUAGAAAGUUGGCGACAUUUCUACUUAUCCAAUAAGAUUCUCACCGACUUGCUUCCUGAGGUACCACUACUAAGGGUUCUAAGUUUGAGUGGCUUUAGAAUAAGUGAGGUACCGGAGUCCAUUGGUACUUUGAGGCACUUGAGAUAUCUUAACCUAUCUCGAGCUCGUAUCACACAUCUACCCGAAAAAGUUUGCAAUCUCUAUAAUCUACAAACAUUGAUCCUAUCUAGUUGUGAUAGAUUAACUAAGCUGCCCAACAACUUCCUAAAGCUUAAAAACCUGAGGCAUCUUGAUGUUAGGGGCACUCCGCUUUUGUUUCAAAUGCUGUCAGAGAUUGGCGAGUUGAAAAGCCUACAAAUUACUUUCUCAAAAAUCAAUAUCGAAAGUGAAAGCGGAAUUGAAAUAGCCAAACUUAAAGACUUUAAGAAUCUAUAUGAAAAAUUUUCCGUUAAAGGUUUGGAAAAAGUGCAAAAUGCAAUAUAUGCACAUGAGGCGAACUUUUCACAAAAGAAGCUUAGUGAGUUAGAGCUUGUUUGGAGUGAUGAGCUACAUGAUUCACGGAAUGAAUUGCUUGAAAAAGCGGUCCUAAAUGAGUUGAUGCCUUGUCAUGAUAAGUUAAUACAACUCAAAAUUAGGUCAUAUGGGGGAUUAGAGUUUCCAAACUGGGUUGCGGAUCCGUCGUUUCUUCAUUUGAAGCAUGUUACAAUAAGUGGUUGUAAGAGAUGUACAUCUCUACCGCCACUUGCGCAGCUACCAUCCCUAAAGGAGUUGUUUAUUAGAGGCUUGUUGGAAGUUGUGGGUUUUGACUUGUUUGGGACUGGUCAUGCAUUUCCUACGCUUGAAAUUCUGAGUUUUGAAGAUAUACGUGGGUGGAAGAAAUGGUCUGGGGUUGUAUUUCCACGUUUACAAACGCUUGAAAUAACUGGUUGUCCUAAUUUGGUUGAAGUCACACUUGAAGCACUGCCUUCAUUGAAUGAUCUAAGCAUAAGUAAAUGUGAUAGUGGUGUGUUGAGAAGUCUGGUUGAAGUAGCAUCAGCAGUCACCAAGUUGUAUAUAAGGGAUAUAUCAGGGCUUAAUGAUGUGGUGUGGGGAGGUGUUAUAGAGUGUCUUGGGGCAGUUGAAGAAUUAAGAAUAGAGUUAUGUAAUGAAAUAAGGUACCUGGUGAAAUCAGAUGCAGAUGCUAGUAAGAAUCUUGUGAAGCUUAGGUCGCUGAAAGAGGAGGAUAAUUGUAGGAGCAACAUCCUAACAUCUCUUAGGAUAUUAAAAGUGUAUGAUUGUAAGAAUAUGGAGCGUUGCAGUUGUCCAGAUGGCAUUGAGGAGUUGACUGUCGUUGAUUGUAGUUCAAUGACAGUUGUGUCCUUUCCAAAAGGAGGACAGGAGAAACUCAGGUCACUUACAAUAUGGAAUUGCAAGAAGCUAUUGGAAAGGGAAUGGGGAGGACAAAAAAUGAACAACAGAAGCAGCAUGCCCAUGCUUGAACAUGUAUCUAUACGUGAUUGGCCAAAUCUGAAAUCAAUAAUUGAGCUGAAUGACUUUGUUCACCUCACUGAAUUGAGAAUAGAAGAUUGUGAAAACCUUGAGUCAUUUCCAGACACUUUAACAUCGUUAAAGAAACUGAAAAUAACAAAUUGUCCCAAAUUGGAUGUUUCCAGUCUUGGUGACAAUUUGAUAUCGUUGGAGAGACUGGUUUUAACAAAUUGUCCCAAAUUGGAUGGUUCCUGUCUUGGUGACAAUUUGACAUCAUUGAAGGAACUGAGCAUAACAGAGUGUCCAAGAAUGGACGCUUCUUUACCUGGUUGGGUUUGGCCUCCCAAAUUGCGUUCUUUAGAAAUAGGGAAGUUGAAGAAGCCCUUCUCCGAGUGGGGUCCACAGACAUUCCCAACCUCACUUGUGGCACUAUGCUUAUACGGUGAUGGUGAAGAUGGAGUGAGUAGUUGUAGUCAGUUUUCUCAUCUUCUUCAUUCAUCUCUUACUUCUCUUACUGUAUGUGGAUUUGAGAAAUUGGAAUCUUUUUCAGUGGGACUCCAACACCUCCAACGUCUCACUUUUUACAAAUGCCCUAAUCUGAAGAAAGUGUCUUCACAUCCCCAACACCUCACCUCCCUCCACCAUCUCUCUUUUCUCAAUUGCCCUAAGAUGAUGUAUCUACCAGAGCUGUUGUUGCCUUCACUCUUGAGUUUACCCAUCUUGUAUGAUUGCCCAGGUCUGAAAGAAAGAUGCAGUAAAAACGGGAUUUACUGGCCCCUCAUCUCCCAUAUCCCCUGUAUCUACAUACAAUGAAGGAGGAGGAGGUCUGAAAGAAAGAUGCAGUAAAAACGGGAGUUACUGGCCCCUCAUCUCCCAUAUACCAUGUAUCCUCAUGCCUGUCCCUCAAUCAAGAAGCUAAUAUGAAGACUCAGUUGUGAUGGGAAGCAUUUUACACUUUCUACUAGAGAUUAUUAUGUUCAAGUCCCAUUUUUGUCGGCAUACCUAUUUGAGAUUUGUGCGUCAUUGAUGGUAGUUGACUAGUUGUGGUGAUUUGACCAUUCUAGUAUUGAAGGAAGAACCUGAUGAAUCAGAUUGAAUUUUGUUGAUAAUGGAUCAGAUUGCAGAUCGUAUUAUGUUGGAAAUGGAUCAGUUUGCAGAUUGUAUUUUGUUGAUAACGGAUCAGAUUGCAGGUUGUAUGUUGUUGGAAAUGGAUCAGAAUUGCAGAUUUUGUUUUAUUGGUAAUGGGUCAAACUGCCUAUUGUAUUGUGUGUGUAUACAUACUACUCUAUUAGUGAUUUGUGCAUCACUAAUGUAAGUUGUGGCGAUUUGUGCGUCACGGAUAUUAGUGAUGGCUUGAGGGAGUAGCCAAGAAAAUGAUGUUACAUUUUU